AGGAAAGUAUGGAGAAUUUUGAGAGUAGUGUCCGUCGAGUUGAGAGUGACCAGAGUUUGAAACUAAGAAAGCGAAAUUUGGAUCACCAUGACGACUAGACGAUUAGCUUUGCGAAAAUUCGGACUCUCUAACCUGUGGUCGAGAGACAGCGUGUGUAACAUCAUACUCUUGGGAGCAGAAGACGUAGGAAAGACUGCUUUGGUGGUUCGGUUUUUCACGAAGAAGUACCUUCCAGAAUAUUCUCAUAGCACUUGGUGUUGCUACGAGCGAAACGUCAUCGUCAACGACAGAGUACUUCUGGUGCGAGUAACGGAUACUUCCGGAAAGGAAUCUUUCUCGUCGCUUAAAUCCAAGGGACUACUAGAGGGCGCAGAGGGUUAUGUUAUUGUCUACUCAAUCACCGACAAACGGAGCUUUGUAAAAGCACGGGAACUUGUAAAACUGAUAAAAGAAGAUUUCGGGGAAGGAGAACAAACACCAGUGGCUUUAAUAGGGAACAAAGAAGAUCUUGUCCACUACAGAGUUGUGUGCUCCAAGGAAGGUCAACGUAUAGCUCUCCUCUAUCCCAGAUGCUCGUUCCAUGAAUGUUCUGCUGCUCGAGAAGCUCAGAAUGUUGAGUCAGCAUUUCAGGAUUUUCUGUGUCAGGUUCUCAACAGCAAGGUACAAAGACGACGCCAAUCAACUUUUUCAGCGCUUACCCCAAAAGUACAAAGUACAAGAAGAAACAGCGCAGGAAACUCCACUUUAAGCACCUGGUGGCGGAAAAAUCGACCGAAUUCCGAGCGCGAAGUCCGGCAAGAUCGAACUUUUACUAUGUAGUUAACAUAUGGUGUUACUUCAAAGAGUAUUUAUUUGUCUUUAUUCGUCUGUAAAAUAUACGUUUUAAAACAUUAAUCAAAAACUGAUUUAAACAGACUUGUAGAAAAUGUAUAAACACCAUACUACAUUCCAUAUCAAAUAUUAACAUAAGUACAAAAUUCAAAAGCAUCCACCUGACCUACUAUUUAGUAAACCCUGUCAAUUUGACUUUCAAUUUACGUAGGGUUUUUAUUUUUUUAUAAUAAACACAUAGGACUUUCAAACAGUGGGAAAUCCAACCCCAAAUUUUAGCGUUGUAAAUCCGUAAACUUACCGCUGUUUCACCGGGGGACUUUACCCAGAGAUUCAUAAAUAAUUUAUAUCAGGGUUAUUGUGUAAGAUUGCCAUAAUUCUCAAACACAAGUUUUGAAAUUAUAUUAUGCAACCUUUCAAAGAAAAGUAUUAAAGAUAACGAAAAUGGCCGAGUUAAAAAGAAACCGUUUUAACAUUUUGUAAAACCAAAAACAACAAAAUCAAAAUAUUUUAUAUACGAUCGUAAUUACUUUGUAGUUUAUCAUAUAACAAACAUCAAAAUACAACCUUAAUUGUUUUAGGGAUAAGUUGCUUUCAGAUGCGGUGGGUGCAAUUAUUUUAAGGGAAGACUAUGUGAAUAUUUGAAUGAAAAAGUCUGGCUUUGGACGCUUUAUUCGUAUUCUGCAAUUUAGUGGAUGGAACGACCUAAAUGGACCAACGGGCUUCUCGUUUUCUAUAAAUUAUAUAAGCAUGCUAUAUAUGUAAAUCAGUAAUAUAGAGUGGCGAAAAACAAACAAACUGAUAUAUUUCGUUUGUGCCACCCUAUUAUUACUUAAAUUUUAAUUCGCUGUUUAAAAGUCGCGAUAAAGUCUUAUCAUACUAUUUGCUUCUUCGAGAUCACGUCUUUAAUGUCAUCAUAAUCUUAUCCCAAAGUGAUGCUGAAAAAACAAAUAAAACCUACAAUACAAUUGCACAAAGUUGUAUUUCCAUCGCAAUCAAGGAAUUUGUAAUGCAGUUUGUCACUCAUUAUCUCUGAACUUACUCAUAACCUUCAAAUAUUAUUAACCUGUUUAUCAACUGGGUGUAUGUGUGUAUAUAUACUAAACUUUAACAAAUCGCACUAAAAAUUAAACCAAUCUUUUUAUAUUUAAAAUUUGUAAGGGCACAUUUUGUGUACAAUUUUUGAGCACAUGGUUUUUAAUAGUUUUGCUUGCUUAAUAGUGUCACGUUUAUCUUAUAACGUGUGCUUAUAUCAGACGGUUUGUUAUAGCGACAAACGUAUAUUCAAAAAUAAUGGAUUCUAUGUAUUUUCUUACUCUUGUUUAGUUGUGUUUGAUUUAAAAGCAACAUCACAUUUUCUUCAUAAAUCUCUUUUAUUAUUACACGUUCAGAAUCCAGUGCGUGUAUGUGUAUAUUUAUUAUUAUUUAACUAAUUGGAUAUCUUAAAAAUAAAAAACAUAAUAGGAAAAAAAGGUGGGUAUGAACUAGAAGAACAAAGAGAAAGAAAUUAAUAUAUUUUUCAAAUCGUGGAGGAAAAUAAUGAUAUGGUUCUACAAAAAUUCAUACUGAGUUUCCUGCUGUCUAUUUUAGUAGUUGUUGUGAAAUUGUUAACUUCAAAAUGUCAGUGAAUGUUGAAUUAAACGGUGAGCCACCUAAAAUAGACUAAAUAAGAAAUAUGGAAAAUUUCGGUGAAACCAAUAUCAUAAAAAGUUUGAAGUCCAAAAAAGUUUACGUUUUCUGAUAAAAUGAAAUCACACUUUAAUUGAACAUUUCUGAAUAAGGAAGUAGACCCAUUACUGUACAUUGCCAUUUUGUCUACUAUUUCAGCAUUUUUGCAUUAAUUUAAUUAACUGACCAUUCUCGAAAAAGGGAUUUGAUUUAUUUGUUUCGGUAAUCGAUCAAUGAUACUCAAGAGCUAUCUCUAGUUUGAACUGAUAGACUAGACGGAAGGCAGCUAGUCAACAGCGCCCUCAGACAACUCUUGAACUCCUUUGUUUGACCAUCAUUAAUAUAUUUAUUAAUUGCGUGCAUGUGUAAAUAAAAGGACACAAUCGAUGGGCAGAUCCAUAGCUAACCACAAAGCCAUGUUAUCAUAAAUAGCCCACAUAAAUAUAGAAAUAUCCAAGAUUGGGAGGAUUUACCACAAAUUUUGUGUGAUUUGGAGAGGCCUAUAAUUACAAAGAGAAAGGGUAACAUCGUGUUAUCAAUUUAAAGUUCCUUUCUUUGAUUGUAGAAUGCUCAUUUGCAAGAUAAUUUGUGAACACGUUUUGAGCUGGAGGAGAUAUACAAUCAAAAAAAGAUGUUUAAGCUUUUCUCUUCGGUGUAUAAAUAAAACUCCGUUUAUUUGUUAUUCACACUUUCCGAAUUUUCCUCGUGUGCUUCUAAUUGACAGAUUUGCACAAAAUAUCGUGAAAAAUCUGGGUGUCGCCUACGAAUUGGUCAAUGAAGGAUCGUUGAAAUGUCGUUAGAUAUGUCGGCAUUACGUAAAGCAUUUUCCUUCUGAUAAUAAUUUAUUAGAACAGUCGAUGUCUGUGUAAAGAACAGAAAGAAUACGAUACAGCAACUUUUUUGGGGGGGAGAGGAUGGAGUGCAAAUUCAAGUAAGCAAACAUAUUAUCCCUGUCUCUAAUUACUCAAGUGCACCUUAAGUAAACACACAUAACGAAACUUACAUAAUGUUAUACUGUUUGUUACAUAUUUUAUGAACAUGUUUGGGCAUGUAGAUAUCUCGUUGUCACAUUCGGUUUGAUCAAGUAAAAUAUUACAAAGAGUGAAACACUAACAGUAACCUGUGAAUAUUACUGCUCGGAGAGUAAAACACUUAUAGUAACCUGUGUGUAUUACUGCUUUGUCUACAGCAAAAGACGUAUUUCUUGUUUCAUCCGUAUUUCUAGCCAUUUGUCAUAUUCAUACAUAUAUAAUUAUAUAUGUUUUGAUUUUUUUCGGCGUGUCUUGUUUUUGUGCUUUUUUGGGUUACAUUUUAAGAUAUUUUCACUUCAUUAUUUUGUGUCUGCUGACAACUUUCACCCACUUGCACAUCACGAUGUUAAGUUUUCAUUUUGUAAUUCUAUGUAUGUUAUUACUAUAUAUAUAUAUAAAUAUACAUAUACAUACAUGUAUAUACACCCGUACUUGUAGGUGCAAUGCAGUUGAAUUUGGCUUCGUAUUAAUGCAGGUUAGAGUUUUCGUCACUAGCCAAUAAUAAAGUAUUUUAUCGCAAAAGUUGUGUUGCUUAUAUAAAAUUCCUAAUUGGAUUGUUAUCAGAUUUUCCCAAUCGGCUGUUUUCUGCGGCUUAUAAUGCUGUGAAAGGGCUAAAUAAAGCACACACAACUAUAAUGAGUUUCUGUACGUGAGAGCUAUAUAGAGAGAGAACAGUUUAUUUGUUUUAGAGCAAAACCACAUAGGGCUAUCUUCUAUCUCCAUCGCUGGGAAUCAGUUCUCUUUGUCCCCCGCUAUUUCACCAGCUGACAGAGAGAAUUUAGGAAUGAUAAUAGAAAAUAAAAACCCGACGAAACUUUUACUUUAUUUUCGUCUGAAAGCCAGAAUUUCUGUUUGUGUGAUUUACUCAGCUUUUGAGUUAAUAACCAACAAACAAACUUAAAAAAGUCUCAGGAAUUAAUUAUUAUAUUUUUGUAUGUAGACCUAAAAA